AAGCACAUGUCGAUGGCUGUUCGAUCGGCUCGGUUCGUUCUUGGCGGUUGGCGCUGCCCGCUGCUGCUCCUCCUCCUAGUCCUCGUUGCCACACUGGUGAUCCUGCAUCGUGUGGUCCAGUCGCCACUGCUCAAUCAAUAUGAGAUAUUGCACAAGCACCUGGAGAAGACAGCUGCAUCAUCUGCAUCAUCAUCAUCAUCUUCGUCUUCGUCCACACGUAGCAUCCUCUUGUGGAGCGAGUUCUUUGGUGAUCCACGCUGGAAGCUCUCCUGGGACACUCUUGGACCUCAGGAGCUGCGCGAAGAGCUCCAUUGUCCUGUAUACCAAUGUGAGGUGACCAAUCAGCAUGAUUUCCUGCCCGCCGUGGAGCUCUACGAUGCCGUUGUCUUUCAUGCCGCGGAGAUGUUUCCUCUGACUCUAGAGCGAGUGCCCGCCAAGAGGAGCCAACGGCAGGCGUAUGUCUUUGCCUUGAUGGAGCCACCGGGAGAGACGAAACAUCGUUUGGAUGACGAGCAGGGUUUCUAUAAUCUCACCAUGACAUAUCGCUUGGAUUCGGAUGUGGUGUGGCCCUAUGGACAGAUUGUGGAUAUUGAAACGGGUGCCGUGGUGGCACCCAGUCCAAAUCCAAGUUGGAGACGGCCACCGGGGGUGGUGGGUGGUUAUAACGACACGGAGGUAUAUGAUCUCUGGGCGAGUAAGACCAAGAUGGCCGCUUGGUUUGUUUCCCACUGCGAGACGCUGUCAAAGCGAGAGGAACUGGCCAAGAGGCUGCAGGAGUACUUUCAGGUGGAUAUCUAUGGAAAGUGUGGAACACUCAGCUGCGCUCGCGGUGAUCCAUACUGCGACGAGAUGCUGGACACGGACUACCUGUUUUACCUGGCUUUUGAGAACUCGCUGUGCGAUGACUACGUGACCGAGAAGCUUUUCGAUGCCCUUCGCCGGAACAUCGUCCCAGUGGUCUUUGGCGGAGCGGAUUACUCUCGCAUUCUACCGCCGCACUCCUACAUCGAUGCGAAUCGCUUCGAGACCAUCUCGGAUCUGGCCCUGCACAUGAACUUUGUGGGCGGCGAUGCCUCGGAAUAUGCUAGCUAUUUCUGGUGGCGGCGUCACUACCGUCUGGGCAGUACCUCGCCCUUCUGCGAACUCUGUGCCCGCCUCCAUGAGCCGGGAUUCAGCCACAAAUCACAGUCCUACAAUGACAUUCAGGCCUGGUGGUUCAACAGUUGUCGCCUGGAGAGUAACCUUAAGUGGUGAACAAAAACACGACAUCGAGCGGGAUGGAGAUAUAUAUGUAUAUAUAUAUAUCUAUUGUAUAUAGUCGGUGAAAGAGAGCGAGAGGCUCAGCGGAAAUCGGAGUGUCUUGUGUGUACGUGUGGUUGUGCUUUUGGUUUACUUUUUUGGCCUAAACAAACAUUGGCCGACAUGUCAAAUUGUUAACCACCGCGUUCUUUUCGGUACUCGGUACUUGGUACUUAAUAAGAUAAGAUAUACGUAUUUAUGAAUAGGGUUAUAUAUAUGAUUUGAUAGUGCUAAUGGGGACACGCGUGACUCACCCACCUGCUCGCCCACCGAUUUUAAUUGCGAUCACUAUCGGGGGUUUGGCAAACGGUAUUGGUUUAUUUAUAUAUAUAAAGUUUUAAUUUACAGGUUAAAUUUCUGAAUGUCUAGUUAGAGUUAAUGCUCGCUGUAAAGUGUAGGAAAUUAAAGAAAAUUUAACUUAACUUGCUAAAACUAUUAUAAAUAAUAUAUAUGGUAUAUACACCAUGUAAACUUAAUACAAAAUGAAUUGUAAUUAAAAUGCAUUGUUUUGAAAUUAUAUACAUAUAUCAUUCUUUUAAAUAUACAUAUAUUUUAUAAGGACAUUUUUUUGAAAUAAAUCAAUUUACCAUCAAGCCUUUCAUUGAUAAAUUUAUCAAUUCACUGAUAAAUUUACCCAUGCUAAGUAAUUUUCUUGAUAAAUUCACCAAUGGCAUGUAAUUUUAUAUAUUCACCAUUUGGUGAGUUGCUUUUUCAUUAAAUUCACAAAUUUUCCUUAAUAAA